AUGUUACCCUCUGUUCAGAUGCACCGGAUGGUGCAUCCAUCCCAUCGCCUCGACUCUUCGUCGCCCUUUCAGCUAGAUCGCAAGCAGGAUCGCCAUUCUUUUCAAUAUUACACUCGCAGUGCUUCGAGAGCGUCUGAACCGUCGCUGGAUUUUAGCUUCACCUCUGGACACAACGCUUUUCCCAUUCGUUCCUCGCAGCCGCCACCGCCAUCGCUGCCGAUGCAUCCGAGAUCGAAUGCUUUUAGGAUCCCAUCUCACCUAUCCGAUCACGACGAACAUCAGCUUAGACGCAAAACGCCGAAUGGCACGAUAGAUGCUGGAUACGAUGGUAACCCUGCCCAGCUAGCCUCGGGCCCCCCGCCUUUGAAGCAUAUGAUCUUGCCUACUGCGGCUUAUCCUCAUCAAGAUCAUCAUACAAUGAAACAUCAUAUUAAGCCCUUAAUCAAUGACUGGUCACUCCAGCGACCUCCAAUUUUCAAUGUCCCGGAUCAUGGUGGUCUCGCUCUUGACUCUAACUCAUUGGCGUUCGCAGGCGGUUGGCGACGUGGGGUCAUCAACGAUUCUCGUACCCCCAUGACCGUCGAUGCUACUCCUAAUGGACUACCAACGGCCGCUUAUCCUUAUAAUAAUGGUGUCAAUAUACCGACAGCUCUACAACCUAUAUACCAGUACUCUCCGUGUCCCGCUAUAUUUGAUAAUGGAGGAUUGCUCCCGCCUUCGGCUUGGCCUGAGACGAACGUCCCUAGUUAUCACCCCAGUGCACACCCGGGUAGCUUGAACUAUCAUACCUUGAAUUAUGCGCCAAUGCCCCAUGUUCGUUCACACAAUGCCUUCAUGCCGGCUAGAACACCGUAUAAUACUAUGACCCAUUAUGGGGAGAGCCCAGUCGGUCUACACACGCCGUCCCAGGGGUUGGAGUCUCUUACACUCGAACCUACCCAAUAUGGCAGACCCAGAUCCGAGUUGAAUGAGAAUUCUGCACCUGCGAUGUUUAGGGAAAAGGCUCUUGCAAAUGCUCAUCGAUCAUAUAUUGAGCUUCUAGCGUACUUGCAUUACAGCAAGAAAUCUCAAGGUCGUUCUGCUCAGGACGCCAGGUCUUCCAAGAUGGUUAUAUUCCCAAAACUACCAAGGCCUUCAAAUCAUCCCAGUUGUGUCGUCACCCCGCGGCGUUUCCGAGAUACACAUAGCUAUAGAGACUUGAACAGUGGCAGUGGCAGCAACCAUGUACUUAGUCCUCAACUUGACGGAUCGUCGAGCUUGUACGGGCAGCACACUAUCAAAUAUCAAGUACGAGACGAUGAAGUUUCCCGCUCGGCCUUCUAUUACCCAUUCAAUGGUGAUAGUUCAGGAUACCCUGCUACGGACGCUGAACGGGGGAGAUUACCGGUCAAGCCUCUCUCUAGUGCUAAGGCCGCUGUUGAGAUGCUAACUCAUUUGUGCGAACAAAGCGGUUGGAAAUGGGUCGAUGGUAUGGUACUUGGUGGCUGUUUACACUACGGCCUUGAGCGUUACGAGCAGUCAUUGGAGUGGUUUCAGAGGAUCAUAUCUCUAGAUGAGACCCAUGUUGAGGCGAUUUCAAAUGUUGCGGCGACUCUUUAUUGUCUAAAUAGACACGAAGAGGCCGAACAGCAUUGGCUGCGGGCUGUCCGACUGCGACCCAGCUAUCUAGAAGCUGUUGAGCAUCUCGUCGGGCUUUUAUGCUCUAGUCAUAGAAGUAAGGAAGCUGUUGAUAUAAUUAAUUUUGUUCAACAAUCUCUUCGUCUCCCUGAUCAGUCUAGCUGCGAUAUCAGUCUCGAUAGAAGUGGCGACACCAACAACUCUGUGUACGACGAAGCCAAACUACACCUGCAUCAACGUUGCGAGCUAAUACACAAUAGCGAUAAUGUUGAAGAGUCGAGGUUGUCUGGCUUUGGUUCAAGUGGUUAUUGUGUCAGUGGCAACGAGAAUGGCCGCAUUAUAGCUCUGAUUCACGCCAAAGGAAACAUGCUAUAUGCGUUGAAAGAUAUCGACCAGGCUUCUGAGGCCUUCGAAGAGGCCGUGCUUAUCAGUGCCGGGAAUAAGCUCAAAUGCAUUAAUUCAUUGAUACGCAGAAUACAGUCUGUCUUGUCUCCCACGGAUAUAUGCGGGCCCUCGAGACGGGGUAGCCUUCGUACGCCAUCUACUGGACCGCUGCUGCUACCUCCUGAGAAGGCAAGGCAUACUGCCCAAUUAGUUUUUGCGACCCAUGGCGAGCUUCCUGGAUUACGUUUCGUGCCGGACGGUGCGCCGAAAAGGUCGGCAAUCUCCACCACCAGUAACUCACUGUUGUCAUUAGCAAAGAUAUUCCAAGAUGCCAUGUCGAAUGGUGGUUCAUUUCCAAGGCUGUUACGCCAGCCCUCUGGAAUUGGCGAUAUUUUAGCGCUCUACUAUUUAUCCCUAUCGCUCUCCGAGAGCCCUUCGACGGCUAACAAUGUAGGGAUUCUACUAGCCAGCGUUCAGCACACCAGUCCUGCCUCGCAGUUACAGAUCCUAGAAAGUCCGAACAUACCACCGAUACCCGGAAUUGCUCCCGGCAGUGGUCUCGCCUUGGCUCUUGCCUAUUAUAACUAUGGCUUGAGCUUAGACUCCAAGCAUGUUCAUCUCCAUACGAACCUCGGAAGCCUACUAAAAGAUAUUGGUCAACUUGAUCUAGCAAUACAAAUGUAUGAGCAGGCCGUUGCUUGUGACGGAAACUUUGAUAUCGCUCUUACGAACCUUGCCAAUGCUGUCAAGGACCGUGGCCGCAUUAGUGAUGCUAUCAUGUAUUAUAGGCGCGCUGUCAACUCUAAUCCGGACUUUGCGGAAGCGGUGUGUGGUCUUUCUACGGCUCUUAACUCGGUCUGUGAUUGGAGUGGUCGAGGCGGUGUACUGCUAUAUGGUGGUACAUACGACCGCUGGCAUGUUGAUGACAAGGGGAUGCUUCGGGACGCCAAGAUGGAAAAAACUGGCAGUGGCUUGAUAAAGAAAGUUGUUGACAUUGUCUCAAAGCAGCUUGCAGAGUCUUGCCAUUGGGGCGCAGGCAUUUUGCGGAAUGGAACCCUCGAACUCCUAGUUUCGCAGGUCAAUUUUCUGGCGGCGGAGGGAACACGAAAAGGGGUGAAUAUCGAGGAUGCUCUGCGUAGAUGGGCAGGCCAACCAUGGGAAGGCUCGAAGAUCCUCCGUCUCGUGGAGCGUUCAAUGAAAGUGACGAUGCGCCGUUGGUAUUUAGAUAAAUACGUUCACAACCGCGCAUCGCAAUCGGGAUACCCACGACUCAAGCUGCCAGCCUCUCUAGCGGUGCCAGCAGCACCGACUGUUCUUCCUUUCCAUACCUUCACCUGUCCAUUAACGGCCAAGGACAUACGUAUGAUUUCUCAGCGGAACGCCGCGAGGAUAUCAUGCUCAACUCUGAAGUCGCCGUGGCUUCCCAAUUCCGUGUAUGCACCGCCCCCUCCACCUAGUCCACACCUCAAUAUUGGAUAUGUAUCAUCGGACUUCAACAAUCAUCCACUCGCGCACCUAAUGCAAUCCGUAUUCGGAUUUCACGAUCCAUCACGAGCGAAAGCUUUCUGUUACGCUACUACAGCGAGCGAUAAAUCGGUUCAUCGGUUGCAAAUAGAGCGUGAAGCCCCCGUGUUUCGCGAUGUGAGCAAUUGGCCUUCAGAGAAGCUUGUGGAACAGAUAGUCGAAGAUGGGAUCCAUAUUCUUGUUAACCUGAACGGCUAUACCCGGGGCGCCAGGAACGAGAUAUUCGCAGCCCGGCCGGCGCCAAUCCAAAUGUCUUUCAUGGGAUUCGCAGGUACCCUUGGUGCUGAAUGGUGUGAUUAUAUCUUAGCCGAUAGGACCGCCAUUCCUCCAUCUACACUACGACCUUCGAGAAGCAACACAGACCUAGAGGACGUCUUUAGAGAUGACGAGUUUAGCGAAGAGGGUGAAUGGAUGUAUUCCGAAAAUAUCGUCUUCUGCCGUGAUACGUUCUUCUGCUGCGACCACGCGCAAUCGUGCGACCCGGCUGAAAGGCGUUUGACUUGGGUAGACGAACAACGACGACGAUGGAAGAUGCGUAAGGAACUUUUUCCGAAUCUCCCGGACGAUACUAUUAUACUUGGCAAUUUUAACCAGUUAUACAAGAUCGACCCUUCCACGUUUCGCACGUGGCUGCGUAUCCUCUCCAACGUCCCCAAAGCCAUAUUGUGGCUUCUCAGAUUCCCUGAGCUCGGUGAAAACAACCUGAAGAAAACAGCUAGGGCCUGGGCGGGUGAGGAGGUGGCAAGCCGGAUUGUCUUUACAGACGUAGCGCCGAAGCAGCAGCACAUUUCGCGAGCGCGUAUCUGUGACCUCUUUCUAGACACGCCAGAGUGCAACGCGCACACAACGGCAGCAGAUGUCUUAUGGUCAAGCACCCCAUUACUAACUCUACCGAGAUAUCCAUAUAAGAUGUGCUCUCGCAUGGCAGCGUCGAUUCUCAAAGGAGCAUUACCGAAGACAUCCGCUGGGGAUGAAGUUGCUCGGGAGCUUAUUGCUUCUGGUGACUCUGACUACGAAGCACUAGCAACCAGACUUGCGGGAAACUUGACUUAUCGGUACAUGGACGGAGAGUAUUGCGAAGGGAAAGGACGACUGGCCGAGAUGCGAAAGAUUUUUUUCGAAGCAAAAUGGAAAUGCGCACUCUUCAAUACACGAAGAUGGGUGUCUGAUUUAGAAUGGGCAUACGAAGAAGCAUGGCGGCGUUGGGUGGCCGGGCAAGGCGGCGAUAUCUAUCUACCUAUAGAAGAAUAG